GCGCACGCUCGCGGUUUUGCUUCCCGCCGGAGGCUUUUGCCCAGCGUCCCGGUGUUCCCCGAGGGAGGGGGGCGGUGGUGGCAGCUGGGGCUGCAGUUGCAGCCCAGGGGUCCGGAAGUCAACACCAUGUCGAGUCUGCACAAGAGCCGGAUUGCAGAUUUCCAGGAUGUCCUGAAGGAGCCCUCCAUUGUGUUGGAAAAGCUUCGAGAACUCAGUUUUAGUGGCAUCCCCUGUGAGGGCGGACUGCGGUGCCUCUGCUGGAAGAUCCUCCUGAACUACCUCCCUUUGGAGAGAGACUCGUGGGAUUCCAUCCUGGCCAAGCAGAGGGGGCUUUAUUCACAGUUCCUGAGAGAGAUGAUUAUUCAGCCUGGCAUUGCGAAGGCCAACAUGGGUGUGUCCAGAGAGGACGUGACCUUUGAGGACCAUCCCCUGAACCCAAACCCUGACAGCAGGUGGAACACGUAUUUUAAGGACAACGAGGUGCUAUUGCAGAUUGACAAAGAUGUCCGGAGGCUGUGCCCAGAUAUAUCCUUCUUCCAAAGAGCCACUGAGUACCCCUGCCUCCUCAUCCUGGACCCGCAGAAUGAGUUUGAGACCCUUCGUAAGCGUGUGGAGCAGACGACACUGAAGUCUCAGACGGUGGCCCGGAACCGAAGCGGGGUCACAAAUAUGAGCUCCCCGCACAAGAACAAUGCACCAUCAGCCCUGAACGAGUAUGAGGUUCUACCCAAUGGCUGCGAAGCCCACUGGGAGGUGGUGGAGCGGAUCCUGUUCAUCUAUGCCAAGCUCAACCCUGGCAUCGCUUAUGUGCAGGGCAUGAAUGAGAUCGUGGGCCCCCUCUACUACACUUUUGCCACUGACCCUAACAGCGAGUGGAAAGAGCACGCUGAAGCAGAUACCUUUUUCUGCUUCACCAACCUCAUGGCCGAGAUACGGGACAACUUCAUCAAGAGCCUGGAUGACUCCCAGUGCGGCAUCACCUACAAGAUGGAAAAGGUGUACUCCACCUUGAAGGAGAAGGACGUGGAGCUCUACCUGAAGCUGCAAGAACAGAGUAUCAAGCCUCAGUUCUUUGCCUUCCGAUGGCUGACACUACUGCUGUCCCAGGAGUUCUUGUUACCUGAUGUCAUCCGGAUAUGGGACUCCCUCUUUGCUGAUGGCAACCGCUUCGAUUUCCUCCUCCUGGUCUGCUGUGCUAUGCUCAUACUGAUCCGGGAGCAGUUGCUGAAGGGGGACUUCACUGUCAACAUGCGGCUUCUGCAGGAUUACCCCAUCUCAGAUGUCUGCAAGAUCUUACAGAAAGCCAAGGAACUCCAAGACUCGAAGUAACCCGGCAGCAGGAGGCCCAGGACUAGAACAUUCACCUGCGCUCUGCACCCUUCAUUUUGGGACACAAAGGAGCCUGUGAGAGAGCCAGCCUGAGGGCCAGCUCCGGGUCUGCCCAGUCUGCGUCCAGGGUCCAGGCUGCUCCUGGAGCACACCGUGCUGCGCUCCUUCCCAGUGCUCAGCCUGCCACACCCUGCACUUCAGCCUGGGACCCUCACCAGACUGCUCAGAAGGGCUGGAGCUCCUCAGCUGGCUUCCUAGGGCUGUCACUGGGGGCCUAGGAGGCUUACAGGUCCUGUCAGGCCUCUGCCCAGGGGCUCCUCACCCUUUGUGCUUUCACCUUCCCUGGGCCCUGAUCAGGGAGGGAAUCGGCGAAUGGGCCGGAAACCACUUCUGCGUGUUGGUGCUCAAGCUACCUGGGGAAGCACCUCCAGAAGAGCUGAGUGACUGCCAGUUCUAGGGGCACCGUUUGUCUCCAUCAGGUGUUUGCUCGUGGCCGUUAGGGCUGUCUCCCGGGUCUCUGCUUUUGUGUGUGUGUGUACAUGUGUGUUCACACAUGCCCUGGCAGUGGGGUGAGGGUGUGUGGGAACCCUCUAAGGCCCUGCUUCCCCUUCUGUGUCUACCUCUGCCUGUCCCUUUCUUCCUUUGCCAGAGGCAUGUGUGAUUCCUGCUAUCUUCCUCUGUCUUUUCCUCUUCACCCUUCUCUUGGGGCGCCUUACCCUGACCCUCUUCCCUUGCUCCUGCCCUCUGCUCCCUGAAGUCAGCAUUCAGAAGGAGUGUAGCUUAGUGAAAGCCCUGGAGGCCAGCUUUGUUGGCCUCCUGUUCCCAUCCCCAGCCUGAGGCCUCCAGGUCCCCUCAUCAGAGCAGGAGUCCCUAGUAUUUGGUCAGCAGACUUGAGGAAGCCAAGUGCUGCUGACAACGGCAGCCUGUGAAGCUCUGAGCCUGGCUCCCAUUUUCUGCCCAAGAAUGGAGAAAGGAAGGACGGGAGAGUCUUCAGUCAGAGAUGAAGACACCAUGGCACCUCAGCCUGGGAGCUGCCACCCCUUGACUUCCAUGUCCCCACCCAGGGUGUGCAGGUCUUGUCAAAGGCAAGGGGACCAAAGAAUGCUUCUCUGGGUCCAGGGUUGGCUUGACUGGAAAGCCUGGAGCCUCACAGUGCCAGAGGGCUACAUCUGGCCUCUGUUCCCUCGGGGCGGGGCUGGGGAGGCUGCAGAGGUGCUGGCCUUCCUGGUCAUGUGCGUGAUGUGUCUUCUGGCGCUGGGGCUGGGUUCCCUGCACCCUGUUCAGCAAGUAGACUGUCCUGACCAUGUCCCUUCUGGCUCUCAUGUGGAGGGAGGGAGGGAGGGAAGGCGGCCUGAGUCCUGAAGGCAGGCUGGCAGCAAGGGUUCUCACCUGAGGCCCCAGCAGCGGCCAUCUGAAGCCUUCUGGAGAGCAGUGUCAGGCAGGCAGGGCUUCCGGCCAGGGAGGCCGUUGCUUUAGCUGCCUGGGCUCUGCUGGGAUCUGCUUGCUGUUUUGCUACCCUCUCUCCCCACACAAUGCCUGGGAGAUGUUUUACUAUUUAUUUAGACAUAGGCUAGCUAUUUAUUGCAGAUUAGCAAGGACCUGGGACUCUGGGUGGGUAGGAGUGGCUGAGAUGGUAAAGGAGUUGGAGGUGUGGAUUCUCUCAUUUCCCAAAGUUACCCCUGACAUCCUCUCCCCGUUCCUGGCUGGGAGGGCUGCCAGCUCUACACUAGAACCCAGUAUAAGGGAGGCCAGAGCUGAUGGCUUUGCAUUUGCAAAGAUGCAGGCCAUAUACACCCCCACCGUCCUGAUGGCCCUCAAACCUAGCACUUGUUAACUCAGUCCCAGACCCCUUUGUCCUGGGACGCAGCAGAGGCUCCCCAGGACACAGGCGCAUUCCCUCUUGCCUGUCUCCCACCACAACCUUACCUGCCCCCUUCCUGGGACCAUGCUACUGGAAUCGCUGCGUCUGGUUUGUUUCUGUGGGAGACCUACAUCCUGUGCCCACCACUUGUCCUUGAGAUGAAGGCCAAGGACAUGGAGACUGUCUUGGGUAGGGUGGCUCCACAGAUGGGUGCUGUCUGAGGAAAGGAUCUGCCCUUGAUUCUGAAGGAGGAGUCAGAGCCUGAGUGCCUGCGACUCAGUUGGGAGCAGCUCCCAGGAGCUCAGCAGGCCAGUGCUGUUGAUGAGUUCUCUUUAAUAAACUGUGUGCUCUCUACCA